AUGGUACACACAUUAAAUUUCGACGCAUCCUACAGUGAGGUUGCCACAACUUUAACCUUUACGGCCGUACCACCUCGUUUGACUCCGAAACGCUUUGACGCAUUCUCACCCCUUACUAUGUCAUUUUCAAUCAGAAUAGUACUCAAUGCGGUCUCUCCUAUAAUUGUAUAUACUAAAGGCUUCAAGUUCGUGAUUGUUUACGUUUUCAAGAUCCUUGGAGCAUCCAACGCCUUGGGGAAAUCACAGCAGAUAAUUUUUUAUUGA